AGUUGUCUACAUUUGUGAGUGGCCAAGCUAAAGUAGUAUUUAUUGUGUAGCUAGAAUUUUAAUUUCAAAUUCACAUACUAUACUAAUUGACUGUGUACCUACCAUCUACCAACAUUAAAUGUAAUUGGUUACAAUAAACCUAACAAAGCUAUAAAAUUUUGAUUGACUCGAAGAUAGGCUAACGAUCAAGUAUUCGUUAUUUCUGGCUGGAACCUCGUCAAAUCACGAUGGAUAUUGUUCCAAUUAUUCUUCUUGCUUUUGUGAGUUCGGUUCUGGGUGCCUUGAGCAACGAGCGGGAUACCAUAGACAAAAGUAAAUUGAUGGGAGUGGACGCCAUACACGAUAAUAAUAUUAAAAUAGACAAGGACACUAUUAUCACGCGUAAUUUGAAGUUGGAAAAGAAAAAUCGAGCUAAAAAUGUGGCGCAUCAUCGACAACCGGAGGAAGAAAAGGACCCUGAUUGGUCGUACGCCGCUAUUCCGCAAGAGCUAUCCGACCACGUAAACGAUUUUAAGCGUAACAUGACGGAGUGCCUUAAAGAAGUGCAGGCCAAAGACAAGAGAACCGUCAAAAGGCUCUCCCCUAAAACGGAAUCUCCGGUUCACGGGGAAUGCCUCAUCGCCUGCGUUCUUAAACGCAAUGGCGUCAUAGAGAAAAGCAAGAUUAAUAAAGGAAAUUUAAUUAGUUUAGUGAGUAAAUUCUACGCAAAAGAGACAAAGAUGAUGAAGAAGUUGGAGAAGAAUUUGGAUCGGUGCAUUGAAAUGAGCGUGCGAUUCCAAGACGACGAAUGCAAACUAGCUUCUCAUCUUAACGAUUGUACAAACGAUCUCAUGGCGAGCAAUAAACACAAAGUUGUUGUAAAUUACUGAUAUUAUUAAAGGAAAAGCUAUGUUAA